UUAGAAACUCAAAAAGCUCAAAAAGUCAUAAGAAGAGUUAUCACAGCGCUGAAGGGAAGAGAGAGUUGGUUUUGAUUUCAAAAGAAUUGGAGAGUGAGAAGCUCGUGGAGAAUGGAGAGGAUGUUCAUAGGGCUGCCUUCACUGCCAAGGACCGGAUGGGCCAUCUGGUACAAGAACCAAGUGGUGGCAAUACCAGACGAGAUAAUAGCUCAGAUAAGAGCGGCACCGACGGAAACUCCGGGAUGGUUCGAGGUGGAGCUGGGUCAGGCUUGGAAACGUAUAUUUCCCAUAACACCAGAGAGUAUCAGAAUGGGGAAUCUUCCUCUGGAACACAUGGCAUGGACUCUCACGCCCAAUCCGUGGUGGAAAUUUCUCACGGAUGUUCCAGAAAUCUCAUGGGAAGUGGCGGAGGAUCUGAGCAGGAAACGGAGGCCAUCCGUAGUGCCCCAUUGGGACGAAUCCGGGUGGAUCAUUCAAGAGAGGAAGCUGGUGGAUUUCAGAGGGAUGGCCAUGGCUCAUAUGGGGAACCACCCAACUCUGAAAAUGAUCCAAAUCAUGGCUCCGGUACAGGAAUGCGAUGUGCUUCUGAGUUGCAGAGAGGACAUCCUAGGCAUACUGAAGCACAUGUUAAUUUGGAAGCCAGACUGGGGAGCGUCCAAAGACUUGUUGAGGAGAAUGGGACGGAGUAUGGUGGAAGCGGAGAAAAUGAAUACUAAUCCACCAGAGAUCGAAGUGCCCUUAAGUCAAUUUAUUAAGAUGAAUGUGUUACUCUGGAAUUGCAGAGGAGCUCUGAAUCCGGAUUUCAAGAGGCGAAUUUUUGAAAUGGCAAUCAACCAUAGACCUUCCAUUUUUGUGGUGACAGAAACGAGAGUGGGAGGAGACAGAGCAGCUAAAAUCAUUGAAGGGCUGCCUUUUGAUGGGUUUAUUACCACAUAUACAAUUGGAUAUGCUGGGGGUUUGUGGAUUCUCUGGAAAUCAGAAGAGGUGGAGAUUCUUCUUUUAUCAUCCACAGAACAGGAGAUACACGCUACAGUUAAGAUCACUCAUGGCAAGGUUCACACAGGUUCGGGUAGCACACAUCUUUAGAGAGGCGAAUAGGUGUGCUGAUUUUUUGGCUAAAAAUGGAUGUUGUAUGAGGGAGGAUUUUGUUGUCUUUGAUGUUUCCCCCUCGGAUGAAUUAGAUAAAUAUCUUGUAUUUGAUAGAAAUGGACUGUACUGUUAUAGGCAGGUA